GUCUCUCUCUCUGCGCAUCUCCUUCAGCGGUGCGUUACAAAGCCCUGAUCGGGUGUCCUGUACAUGACACGACAGUCUGUGAAUCUGUCUGAAAUCUCAUCUGACUUCAGAGAGCCGAGGCUGUAGUACACAGGGUUUGGAUGCUGGGAGCCGGUUGUACUGUUUUGAACACUAAAGUUUUAGUAGCUUUUCUUUAUUAGUAGAUCAUUCUGAGGUACUCAAAGCAUCUUCCUCUACAUUGAUGCAGUUGUAGUUGUACUAGUGCAAAAGAAGAAACUUUUCAACAGUAUUAGCUUUGUGAUUCGGACCUUUCUGGACUGCUGAGUUCAGUUCAGGAUUGAUAUAUACUGGUUUUUAAGUCUUGAGAGCUGUCAGAAGUUUUUUAAUCAUGUCUUUUGUUGCUGAUCUGUAUAGAAACAGUCCUAAUGCAGGGAUGGCGGAGUUUCAGGAGAAGCUGAGAUUGCAGCAUGAGAACUCCAUGCUCACAGAGCUGGAGAAGCUCCUGACCACUGCCAAGCCAUCAGAGGCGGAGAUCUCCAGGAAGGACUUUGAGGGCUUCAAGAAGCUCUUUCACCGUUUCCUUCAGGAGAAGGGGCCGUCUGUUGACUGGGCCAAGAUCCAGAGACCACCCGAAGGCUCGAUUCAGCCCUAUGAGAAGAUCGAGUUGAAGGGUCUUCCUGCUGAUGUGGCGUCCAGCCUUAAUAAACUGGCUGUGGUGAAGCUCAAUGGAGGUUUGGGGACCAGCAUGGGCUGCAAAGGACCCAAAAGUCUCAUCAGCGUCCGCAACGAAAACACUUUCCUGGACCUGACCGUACAGCAGAUCGAGCAUUUGAAUAAGUCGUAUAAUGCAGACGUGCCACUGGUGCUGAUGAAUUCCUUCAACACAGAUGAAGACACCAAGAAGAUCCUGCAGAAGUACACGCAUCACCGCGUCAAGAUACACACCUUCAACCAGAGCAGGUAUCCCAGGAUCAGUAAGGAGUCUUUGUUACCCGUGGCCACUAACAUGGGCCUGACGGCUGAGAAUGAAGAGGCCUGGUACCCACCCGGGCACGGAGACAUCUACGCCAGCUUCUACAACUCCGGCCUGCUGGACAAGCUGAUCGCAGAAGGGAAAGAGUACAUCUUUGUGUCCAACAUUGACAACCUGGGCGCCACGGUGGACCUGCACAUCUUGAACCACCUGAUGAGCCAGCCCAGUGACAAACGCUGCGAAUUUGUCAUGGAGGUCACCGAUAAGACACGAGCUGACGUGAAGGUGAGUGGAGCUACCAUGCUAAUGUAUCGCUCGUGUCAUUCUGUGGGGUACAAAAGUAAAGGAGUUCGAGACUUCCUGAAAAGGUUUGAGAGCAUCCCAGACAUGCUGGAGCUGGAUCACCUGACUGUAUCAGGAGAUGUCACCUUCGGAAAACAAGUCACACUCAAGGGAACGGUUAUCAUUAUCGCUAAUCAUGGAGACAGAAUCGACAUCCCGGCCGGAGCGAUGCUGGAGAACAAGAUCGUUUCAGGAAACCUGCGCAUCCUGGACCACUGAGGCCUUCACAACUGAACUACAACCACAUCCAUCAUUUUACCUGGACAUUUACAUGUGUGUGUGUG